CUCCCUAUUGGGUCGUAACCCGUCUCUACGAAAGCUCGGUUUCUCCUUCCCUCCUCUUCUUCUUCCUCUCUCUCUCUCUCUCUCUCUCUCCACCCUCACACAACGGCGAGAGUAGCUGAGAAGUCAAGCAUUUCGAGCCCUAAUUAGCUCCGUCUCACUCUCACCCUUCGCCAUUGCCGCUCCUCUUACCUUCCUCCCGAGCUCCGCAGCUCGGUGGCGGCGCUUCCAUGGUGAGAUAGCUUGUUCUCUGAGGUAACUUAGCUUGUCUCGACCAAACAAGAGGUCUUUACUUGAGUAUAGAGAAAUGGUGGAUCGAAUCGUCGAGAUCCGCUGUAGGAUGAGUUGGUCCGAUCUGAGAUGAGGGGAGGAGGGGUUGGAUCGGGGAACCGGAUUUGUUGGAUUUGUAGGAGACGAAGAGGAAGGAGCUCGGCUGGGGUUUCCCACUGCCACUGGAUUCAUGGCGACCGCCACCAAGCGCGCUUACAAGCUACAGGAGUUUGUUGCACAUUCUUCCAAUGUCAAUUGUCUCAAGAUUGGGAGGAAAACUUCUAGGGUUCUUGUCACUGGAGGAGAGGACCACAAGGUUAAUCUCUGGGCAAUUGGCAAACCCAACUCCAUACUGAGUCUAUCUGGGCAUACAAGUGCUGUAGAGUCAGUUAGUUUUGAUUCCUCCGAAGUAUUGGUUGCUGCUGGAGCAGCUAGCGGCACAAUAAAGUUGUGGGAUUUAGAGGAGGCAAAGAUUGUUCGCACUCUGACGGGACACAGGUCAAAUUGCAUUUCAGUGGACUUCCACCCAUUUGGAGAGUUCUUUGCUUCUGGGUCGUUGGAUACAAAUCUGAAGAUAUGGGAUAUUAGAAGGAAGGGUUGUAUCCACACAUAUAAAGGCCAUACAAGAGGGGUUAAUGCUAUUCGAUUCACGCCUGAUGGUCGGUGGGUUGUUUCCGGUGGAGAAGAUAAUACCGUGAAGCUUUGGGAUCUGACUGCAGGGAAGCUGUUACAUGAUUUUAAGUGCCAUGAGGGCCAGGUUCAGUGCAUCGAUUUCCAUCCUCACGAGUUUCUCUUGGCAACAGGUUCAGCUGAUAGGACUGUCAAAUUCUGGGAUCUUGAAACUUUUGAGUUGAUUGGAUCUGCUGGACCUGAGACCUCUGGCGUUCGGUCUAUGACGUUCAAUCCUGAUGGAAGAACUUUGCUAUGUGGAUUGCAUGAGAGUCUGAAGGUUUUCUCAUGGGAACCAAUAAGAUGCCAUGAUGCUGUGGAUGUGGGAUGGUCAAGACUAUCAGACCUGAACGUCCAUGAUAAAAAACUUCUUGGUUGUUCUUUCAAUCAAAGUUGUGUUGGAGUUUGGGUCGUGGAUCUCUCGGUAUCUUCUGAAAUUCAUCGUGUCGAGCCAUACGCAAUGGCUACUCCUGCAAGAGAAAAUGGUCAUUCAGAAUCAAAAUCUAAUUCAAACGGCAACACACCAUUGCAAAAUGACAGCAGCACUAAGUCUAGUUCCGGCCGAUUAUCAGUUCCACAAGAUCUGGGCCGACUAUCAGUUCCACAAGAUCCAGAUGGCAGUAUAAAGACUACUAUGGGAAGACUAUCAGUUUCGCAAAAUUCAGAUUCAGGAGCUAAAGAGGCUAAACCUAUUGCUUGUGUUCCUGGUACUCCUCAAAGAAUCGGACUUAGCGCCGCUGCAAAACCAACUGCUUCAAGUUCAGGUCCAGCAUCGAGUACACCCAACCUGAAGAGAAAUUCAUCAAAAAGCCAUUCUACAGCCAAUGUUUUGAGCUUCAAUAGAGCUGAUGUUGUACCUGUUAUUGUCCCUAGAACUAGCUCGAGAACAGAGCUGGCAUCUGAUUCUAUAAGGGAAUCUGGUGAUGUGAUUCCUGUUAUUGUACCCAGAACAAACCCUAAAGUGGAGCAGUCCUCUGAUUUCAGAAAAGAAAUGGGCGACGUGGGCGCUGUCACAGUAGCUGGAACAAGCUCGAGAGUGGAGUCAACCCUUGAUUCUAGAAAAGAGUCUGUUGUUGGGAGAACGCUACCGUUUAGUCUACGGUCAAAGUUUGCUGACCGUCGAAAACCGGCAAAAAUCAACGAUGAUUCAGAUAAAGAUGAUAUGGGCAACAAAGUUACAGAAUCAAAUGAAGCUAUGAACAGGCCUUAUGUUUCUGUUGGAAAUAAUGGUAAUCAAAUAAUGACUAUUGGAGAAGAUCAAGCAGAUGAUAUUAAACAAGUUGCAACAGGGAGACUGAGUUCUUCUCUUCCAGUGGAACCAUCUCAAACUUACCACCAUGAGAAAUACAACAUUCGAGUCCAUAAGCCUAGUGAUGCUUGCUCUGUGGAAGUUUCAAAAGGAGGGAGAACAAGGUCACUUGUUGCGAAUUGGGAAAGCAGGGAUCAAUCUCCUAGCUAUGAAGGCCCCACGACUAGCACUUCUUCUGUGAACAUUGCUGCUGCGAGCAUGCCUUAUUCUUCUAGACGUGGUGCUCCAGCUGAAAAGGAAGAUCCAUCUGGAAGUGAUGAGGAUGCUGUUGCUGGUUUAAUUGAACAGCAUGAACUAUUUCUAGGCUCUGCACGGUCUAGGUUAACAAAGUUACAGACUGUUCAUCAAUUUUGGGAAAGGAAGGAUGUCAAGGGUGUCAUCCAUGCAAUGGGAAUGAUAUCUGAUCAUGCUGUCUCAGCUGAUGUAGUUAGUGUUUUGAUGGAGAAGAGUGAUACUAUCACACUGGAUUUAUGCACAUCUCUAAUGCCACUCCUCAAUACACUUCUAGAGAGUAAAAUGGAAAGGCAUUUAGGUGUUUCCUUGGAGAUGUUGCACAAGCUUGUUAGAACUUUUGGCCCUGUAAUCCAUUCAACUUUAUCGGCUGGUCCAUCUGUUGGUGUAGACCUUCAAGCGGAGCAAAGGCUUGAGCGGUGCAAUCUUUGCUUCAUUGAACUGGAAAAGGUCAAGAAUAGGUUACCUUCUCUUGCAAGAAGAAGAGGGUCUAUCGCGAAGAGUGCACAGGAGCUAAAACUUGCACUUCAGGAAGUUUUAUAAUCCUACUGUACCAUUAAGCCAUACUAUGCCUCGAUUUAGCUUCAAUGGAGCCUCCAAGUGCUUUUGCGCACUGAAGCUUAACAAAAAGCACUUGAUUGGUUUGCUCUUCUCCAGUAAUUUAUUUCAAUGUACACAUGCUAACAUAACUAACAGCCAUGUAACUCGGCAAAACACCAGCCGGAUGAAUGGGACUUUGCUGAAGAAUUUGUAGAUGGAAGUAGAAAGGAACAAGCGGAACACUCAGAGCCGAGCAUGUGGAUGGUUGACGGAAUACAAGAGACCUAGUUACUAGUUAGCUUCUUGUAGAGUUGGCUGUUUGAAGCCUGUAUCUUUCUUCAUUAUAUGAAACCUGAAUAGUUCAAAAUCUUGUCCCAAUAUCAUAAUUUUCGAAACUCCUAAAUAGUCCACUGAUAGCAUGGCAUGGGAAACAUGCAUAUUUUGUUCCCGAAGUAACACAUUUCAAUAUGUCGAAUCCAUGGUUGAAAUUAAUAAACUCUACACCCUUUUGUUCCCUUUUUUUCA